AUGGCAAAGACUUCUCUCACCCUCCUCUUGGGCACCCUCUUCGCGGGGGCCGCCUAUGGUGCUGAGCUUCGCAAGACGUAUAUCGUCCAGAUGAAGCACACUGGGGCCUCUGGUCUCCGACGCAGAGAUCUGUUCGACUCUUCCCUCAUCUCCGUUUCCGCCGAUCCUGCCAACGUGCUCUACCACUAUGAGAACACGGUCAACGGAUACGCCGCCAAGAUCACAGAUGGCCAAGCUGACGCCCUGAGAGACCGGGACGACGUCCUGUCUGUCACUCUUGACAAGGCCUACCGCCUUCACACCAGCAGAACCCCGAACUUUCUAGGCAUCGACGAUGCCUCGCUCCUUGGGCGCGGGCUCGACGUCGGCAGCUAUCUGGACGAGAGAGACGACUACAACGGCACCAACCCAGAGUCCAACCUCAUCGUUGGCAUAUUCGACACGGGCGUCUGGCCCGAGAACCCCAGCUACAAGGAUGACGGCAUGCCACCCAUCCCUGCCAACUGGAAGGGCGAGUGCGAAAUCAGCGAGGACUUCCCGGCCACCAGCUGCAACAAGAAGCUCGUUGGCGCGAGGGCCUUUUACAAGGGGUACGUCGCCGCCGUCACCAACGACACCGGCUCCUUCAACUGGACCGGAGAGUACCAAUCCCCCCGAGACGACGACGGACAUGGUACGCACACUUCGUCCACCUCAGCUGGAGCCGCCGUGCCGAACGCUAGCCUUUUCGGCCAGGCCUCCGGUACAGCUCGCGGUAUGGCCGAGCACGCCCGUGUCGCCAUGUACAAGGUCUGCUGGAAGGAGGGCUGCUUCAACUCUGACAUCCUCGCGGCUAUGGAUAAGGCCAUUGAGGAUGGCGUCAACGUCAUGUCUCUUUCUCUCGGCCCCGAUCAGCCCUCCUUCAGCGAGGAUGAUGGUUCAGCACUCGGUGCGUUCGCUGCCGUCCAGAAGGGUAUCUUCGUCGCCAUGUCUGCCGGCAACUCUGGUCCGGGAGCAGGCACUGUUUCCAACCUUGCCCCUUGGGCUCUGACCGUCGCCGCAAGCACGCUUGACCGUGACUUCCCUGCUCAUGUUACCCUUGGCAACGGCAAGAACUACACCGGCUUCUCUCUCUACAGCAACGGUUCCGUCACGGAUAUCACGCCUCUUCAGGCUGGCGAGGUCCUCCCCCUCGUCCACGCGAGCCAGGCGGGCAAGGGCAAUGUCACCAACGCCAACCUUUGCCUAGCAGACAGCCUUGACCCCGCCAAGGUUGCUGGCAAGGUCGUCGUCUGCGUGCGCGGAAACAACGGCAGAACCGAGAAGGGCGGCGUCGUCAAGGCCGCCGGUGGUCGCGGUAUGGUCCUCGUGAAUGCACCCGCUAACGGUGAUGAGCUGAUUGCCGACGCCCAUAUCCUGCCUGCCCUGCACCUCACUGCCUCAGACGGAGCCGAGGUGGAGGCCUACGCAAAGACCGGCAAUGGCACGGCUAUUUUGGACUUUGAGGGCACUAGACUCGGAGUCCCGGCUCCGCUUAUGGCAGCUUUCAGCUCGCGCGGCCCGAACUACAUCGUCCCGCAGCUCCUGAAGCCGGAUAUCACGGGACCUGGUGUUUCCAUCCUGGCAGCCUGGGCCGGCACUGGACCUACCGGUCUUGAUAUUGAUACCCGCAAGGUCGACCAGAACGUCAUCUCAGGUACGAGCAUGUCGUGCCCUCACCUGAGCGGUCUUGCAACCUGGAUCAUGGCCCGCCGUCCGGAAUGGAGCCCGGCCGCCAUCCGCUCAGCCAUGAUGACAACCGCCUACACCAACACCAAGGGCGCCAAGACCCCCCUGCUGGACUCCUCCGACUCCAAGGCCGCGACUCCGUUCCUCUACGGAAACGGCCACGUGGACCCCGUCGCCGCCCUGAACCCGGGUCUCGUUUACGACAUCGCACCCACUGACUACCUCCCUUGGCUCUGCGCCGUCAACUCGACCGUCGCCUUCACGACCGCCAUCACCAGGAGCAACUUCACCUGCGCGUCCAACCAGACCUACAGCGUCUACGACCUCAACUACCCGUCCUUCUCUGCCCUGUACGAUAGCGCUGCUGCUUCCGGCGGAUCCUACACCGCCACCUUCAAGCGCACCGUGACCAACGUCGGAGGUGCCGGCACGUACAAGGCCGACAUUUCUCUCAACGACGCUGACUUGGUCAAGGCCUCUGUGACGCCCGAGACUCUCACUUUUGAGGCGGCUGGAGAGAAGAAGACGUUCGAGCUGACUGUCACGAUGAGCUCCCCGCCCACCGCCGACGCUACUUCCUGGGGCAGACUCGUGUGGUCUGACGGAACCCACGUUGUGGGCAGCGCACUGUCGUUUGUGUGGGGCAUUCCGGCUCCAGAUGCCGCUUAA